GUUUGCUGUUAAGGUUGGUCGGAAAUGGGUCAGCUGCACAAGCUGGAUAAUAGGAUACAGAUAAUGCUUAAAAAUGGCAUUCUUCGGAAACAUAGGUCGAUGUUUGUCAUGGUUGGGAAUAAAGGCCAGGAUCAGGUCCCCAUAAUGCACCAGAUUUUAAAUUCUCUCUCAAGUAAAGGACGGCUCAGCAUUUUGUGGUGCUACAAAAAGGAGUUGAGUUUUAGCACUCACCGCAAGAAGAACCUCAAACUUUUGAGGUAUGUUGUCUACAAAUAAAUUCCAAUGUGUUUAGCAAAAGGCGGAAAGCAGGGUUGACAUCUGAUGCUACAAUUUUCGAGCAAUUUGUAUGCUCGACAGAUAUACGUUGGUGCUAUUACGACGAGUCACAUAAAAUUCUUGGACAAACAUUCGAUAUGUGUGUGCUUCAAGAUUUCGAAGCUCUGACACCAAACUUACUUGCCCGGACUAUUGAAACUGUUUCUGGUGGAGGUCUCAUAGUUUUCUUGUUAAAAUCUAUGACUUCUUUACAACAGCUUUGCACUAUGGCUAUGGAUAUCCAUUCUCGAUAUCGCACUGAAUCCCAGCACAAUGUUGUCGGACGAUUUAACGAAAGGUUUUUGCUAUCAUUGGCUAGUAACCCUCGAUGUCUUGUAUUAGACGAUCGAUGGAAUAUCCUACCACUGUCCCGGAAAGUUCUCAGUUCACUAACGACAUCGCAGGCUGAUAUAAGUGAUGAGUCUAUUCUUCUAGAACAGAAGGAACUCCAAAAGCUUAAGGUCUCUUUAGCUGAAGAUGGCUCACCAUUUGCUCCUUUAAUAAAGUUGUGUAUCACAUUUGACCAGGCUAAAAGUCUUGUCCAAUUCUGUGCUUCUUUGGCUUCAGCUUCGCAGUUACAAAAUAAGGGGUGCAAUAAAAAUACUCAGGAUACCACCUCCCUGGCUACAGCAAACUCUCUUCUUUCUUCGAUCGGAGCUGGAACUAAGGAAACUAGUAGCUCAUCAGCCUUUGUUGUUGUAACCUCCGGUAGAGGCCGGGGUAAAUCUGCAGCAUUGGGACUUGGAUUAGCUGCUGCUUUUGAAACUGGUUUGCCUAACUUGUAUGUUACUGCACCCAGUCCGGAAAACCUAAAUACACUUAUGCAGUUUGUUGUAAGUGGUUUAAAUGCUUUUCAGUAUGAAGAGCACCAGGAUUAUAUUGUUAGUCGCUCAAUGAAUCCUGAACACAAUCAAGCUACAGUUAGAAUCGACGUUUACAGACGAAGCCACAGACAAUCUCUUAUCUAUUUACCACCAUGGGAAAUGGCUGCCCUAUCGAGUGUCAAACAAGCAGAUCUAGUAUGUAUAGACGAAGCUGCUGCCAUUCCACUACCUCUCGUACAAUCCAUUAUCAGUGGUCCAAGAAUUGUAUUUAUGGCAUCUACUAUUAAUGGUUACGAAGGCACUGGUCGAUCUUUAUCCUUUAAACUGCUGCGUCAACUGCGAUCACAAUGCACCAUUUCAGGAACUACAACAAAGUUGUCAACAGAUAAUGUAAAAUCUAAGUCUGUUCAGUCGACGGGGAAAGACAAGAUGUUAUUGGGGAAAGGUUUUCGAUCAGUUGAUACUUCACGGGUUUUAUUUGAAGUAUCUCUCACUGAAGCUAUUCGUUAUGCUAGUGGCGAUCCAAUCGAAGCUUGGUUAUUUGACUUAUUGUGUUUGGAUUGUGGAGAGUCUCUGUCUCGUGAAAAACAAGCUAAUGAAGUCAAUAUUUAUCUUCCUCCUGUUGAUCAAUGCCAGUUGUAUUAUGUUAAUAGGGAUACUUUGUUUUCAUAUCACAAGUCAACGGAAAUAUUUUUACAUAGACUGAUGGCUCUUUAUGUUUCGUCACAUUAUAAAAAUUCUCCAAAUGAUUUACAACUACUUUCAGAUGCACCUGCUCAUCAUAUAUUUUGUCUUCUUGCUCCAUAUGAUCAUAAAUCUGGCUGUGUACCAGAGGUUCUUUGUGUGCUGCAAGUUUCUUUAGAGGGGAAAAUAAACAAGGAUCGAGUGAUGCAUAACCUUUCUCGUGGUUUACGUCCUUCUGGUGAUUUGAUCCCUUGGACAUUGUCUCAACAGUUCUGUGAUGCUAACUUUGGUGAAUUAUCUGGUGUUCGUGUAGUACGAAUAGCUACUCAUCCUGAUUAUCAAGGUCUUGGUUAUGGGACAAGAGCGUUGAAACUCUUAUAUGACUAUUACAACGAGCAAACGGAUAUUAAAGUUCUUUCAGAAAAUCAGCAUACUGACAUCCAAACUGAAAAUGUUGGCUGCAAUCGUUCUACCAAAGAGACUAAAAGCUUGAACCAAACAUCCAAUAAAUCUUUAAAAUUCAAACCUUCAACCUUAAGUUUUAACUGUGAUUUAGAUGAAGAGAACUAUGACAAUCAGGAUGACUCAGAUGCUAGUUUGGAAUCUAAUAAUACAAGAUUAUCUGAAAAUAAUUCAAAUCUUCUCACAGAAAUAAUCAAACGGCGUGAACCUACGAGUCUGCCCCCUUUACUUAGUCGUCUUAUUGAACGUCCUUCUGAGAAACUUGAUUACAUUGGUGUUUCUUUCGGUGCUACUCCCAGCUUGUUAAGAUUUUGGAAACGAUCAGGUUACAUCCCAGUCUAUCUUCGUCAAAAUAUGAAUGAGCUGACAGGGGAAUUUACAUGCAUAAUGGUGAAACCAUUUAAGCAUCAAAGUGUCUCGUCGCAAUCGGCAGAAUGGCUUCAGAAUUACUUUUAUGAUUUUACCAAACGUUUAAUACAUCUUUUCCCUGGACCAUUUAGACAUAUGGAUGGAACUUACGGUCUUGAACUCCUUAGUCAUAAAUCAAUGGAUACUGCAAUAUCUAAUGGUAAUUUGUUAAAAUUGUUAAGUUUUUCAACUUCAUCUAGUUUACAUGCCCUAAAAUUCUUCUAAUCCCUUAAAACUAGUCCAUAUAUAUUCAUUUGAUGUUAGGUUCCCAUGUUUGAUAAGUAGAGUUUGUCGCCAUAAGUGAUAACAGGCCUAGGAUCUCCAAAACGGCCAUAUUAUUUUAAAUAAAUUGUAAUAAUGAAAACAUAGUGACUAACCUUCAAAAUAUAAACCACAUAUUAUGCAACUUUUCGCUUAGAAAUCUAUAAGAAACAACAGCAUGUUGCUGUUCUGUCAAUAAUGUUGUACUAGAUCUAUUUUUUCGUUUAUGACUGAAUACAUAAAUUGGAGUACAUACGAAUGGUGUUGAAAAUUAGAUAUUUUGUUUACAUUCAAAAAUUAUGAAUAUGUAGUGCAUAUGCUAAACUACAUCCUAUUUAGACGUACAGAGGUGGCUGUAAUGGGAGUAAAUUGGAGGAUAGUUAAGAGUAAACUAAAUAGAGAAGUAGGAUUUACUGCUAAUUUAAUCUGUGUUACUACGUGCAGACCGUUUAGUUGGAGUCUGCAUGAUAACUAGGAUUAAUACUCAAGUUAUUUAUUAUCUCGUUUACCAGGUACAUGAUCGUGUCUUUGAACCACACUCCAAGUGUAAGAGAUAGUAUAACUACCUGAUUGUCCACAUACUAAGUGGAAUGAGGUUCAAACUUGUGAUUUAUUAGCUGAGAGCCGAACUUCUUAACCUGUUACUCACUCCCCCACUCCAUAAUUAUUCAUAGCUGAUGACCUUAAAGAAUGAUAUGAAACCUAUCGUUGUAAUUCAGUUGUAUACAUACUUUUUAUUCCCUUAUUUCAUUUAUCUAGUAUAAUAUAUCGGUCUUUUUCGUUUAGCAUUGCUACCUAUACUAUACUAAUCUUGGUCGUUAUUCGACACAAGUCAUGUAAUUACUUUCAGAAUAUAUAUAAUUUGUUAUCAUUCCUUUCGAGCUACUUUUGUGUUUAGUUAUACCAUUAUCCAACCUCCUUAAAGGUUCAUUCACCAAUGUUUUAACUUGAGCCGAUACACAUUCAUACUAGGUCCUGUAUGCGUUCUGACUAGCCAUAUUGACGUCUGUGAAACGUUUUAUCUUUCAACUUAAUGAUGCCUAUGUGAGUAUCGUUGAUUAUAUCAGUUCACCUUAAUUCUAGAAUUUUAGAAAUUCCACUGCCGUAUUAUAAAAUAAACAGUGAUUGAAUUUUUGAUAGUUUUUAAGUUAAUAUAAUUUUUUAACAUGGGUCUUUCUUUCUCAUCGAUGUGUUCGCACUGUUGAUUUUAACUCCAUUCUCUUUGCCUUGUCGGUUGUUUACUUGAAGUAGAUACGAUUCGUCUUGAUACAUUACCCAGUCAAUUGUACUCUUAACUUUCCAGUGUGGAGGACAUAUAAUAAACCUGUCCAUAAAGUUAGUUUUGGCUUAAAACCAACUUAAAUUAUCGAAAUUAAUCAAAUACUUAGCUAUAUCGUUUAUUCUAAAUUUCAUUUUUCCUAUGAGUAGAUUUUAAGUGUAUAUUAUAUUUUGAUGGAUCAUUCUUAUUUUAUUUUAUUUUAUUUGAUCACAUAAAUAUUGGUACAAGGGGGCACCAAAUACUUAUGCACCACACAAUGACAAUGAGGAUGGAAAGAGAGAAAAGAAUGUAAGGUGCGUAU